CAUUUCAUCCGACUACAGCAGCGUCACACCAUCAGCUCAGUCCCAUCAUUCGAUGCAGUUUUGAGUAAUCAUUAAACCUAAAUGGAUUUAUUGUUCUCCAAUAUUCACGUGCCUAAAACAAUGACCUGUUGCUAUUUUUGGCACUGUUCUCUUCGCUGAACGACUGCAAACUCCCUGUGCUAUAUAUCGGGAGCAUCAUCUCAGGGAACGGACUCUCUGGCGGAGCGCAGGACGGGAUGGCAUCGCAACAGCGCGUUUAGGAAACGGGAAUGGGAAGUUUACACGAUCGCGGAUACUGGCUAAAAACACGGCUUUAAAGGAAGUUUAAAAAGUAAUAAUCUGCAAUAAUUAAAUUAUCGGCUCUGAAUUAACUGCUCUGUUUGUUGCGGACUGUUAAUUCUUCACAUUAAGCAGCGCUGGCUCUUCGGGCACAAUGAAAUCCAUCUUCUACACUCGCUUUUUCAUCCUUCUUCCGUGGAUCUUGAUAGUGAUCAUCGUGAUCGACAUCGAUACAAAGAGAUUGUCUGUUCGGAACACGGCCAGCUUUUAUUUGUCUCGGCUGGGAAAUGUGCAGCAGCAGCGGCAGGUCGUCAGGACGACCCGGAGCAGCAGCACCAGCAUCAGCAGCAGCAGCAACAGCGGGAGUAACGCCACAUCUCUCCCGGUCAUUUAUGCCAUCACUCCUACUUACAGCCGAGCGGUGCAGAAAGCAGAGCUCACCCGCUUGGCAAACACGUUCCGCCAGGUUCCGCAGUUCCACUGGAUCGUGGUGGAGGACUCGAACUCCCACACGGAGCUGGUUUCUCGGUUUCUCACCCGCUCCGGGCUGCGAUUCACUCACCUGAACGUGUUCACCCCGCGCAGGUUCAAGCGGACAGGGAUGCCCCGAGCGACCGAGCAGAGGAACUUAGCGCUCGGCUGGCUGAGAGGACAUCGCUCAGUCAAAGAUAAAGGAGUCGUUUUCUUCGCGGAUGAUGAUAACACUUACAGCCUUGCGUUAUUUGAAGAGAUGCGGUCAACCAGGAGAGUGUCAGUGUGGCCGGUGGGACUCGUUGGAGGCCGGAGGUACGAGCGGCCCUUAGUGGAAAAGGGGAAAGUGGUCGGCUGGUACACAGGCUGGAAGGCCGACAGGCCAUUUGCAAUUGACAUGGCUGGUUUUGCAGUGAACCUGCAGGUGAUCCUGUCAAACCCACGUGCCCUGUUCAAGAGAAGAGGAGCCAAACCAGGGAUGCAAGAGUCUGAUUUUCUCAAACAGAUCACCAAGGUGGAGGACUUGGAGCCAAAGGCCAAGAACUGUACACAGGUCCUGGUCUGGCAUACCCGCACGGAGAAGGUCAACCUGGGUAACGAACCAAAGCGACAACAGGACUCUGUCUAUAUAGAGGUCUAGCGAGUGACAUUGCACUAAGACGGUCAUAUAACACUGGAUGAAGGCCUGCCAUCAUCGGCACGUUCCAAAUCGAUGACCACCUUUGAACUUUAGGAUACCUGCUCUGGUGGAAAAGACAUGUCAAGCGGUCUCGGUAUUCUCUACUGACACGCACUGUAUAUGCAGAAGCUUCUCACUGUGUCGUCACACUGGAUUACCCGUAAUGUGUUGGAAGGAGAAACCAUGGAAAGGUUUUUUCAAAUGGCAAUUGCACAUGAAAAAACGAUCUUAUUCCCAUCUUGAAGACUCUGGACACUUGGAGGAUCAGAUCAAUGUCUGUGAAUGCGGUGGAAAAAGACCAGCCGCUAGAACAGAGAGGUAGAGUGUUGCUGAAGGGAAUCGAACAGCCCACAAAAACUGAAGGAUCAGUGGAUGGAAAAACCCUGGAAAUACUGUCUAAAGAAUGUGAGACACUAUUACAAGGACAGAACUUUUGGAUUACAACUGUCUUUAUUCCAAACGACCCUCGUUAAAAGCAAAAAAAAAAAAAAAGGAAAUAAAAGACAACUUUACAAUAAAUGCGUCUUUAGACAAAAUGAUCACACAAUAGUUCAUGGCUAUUCACGGUUUAAUGCACGGAAAUAACAAUAUUCUGUCUCUGUACUAGGCACCAGAAAAUGUAAACACAUUAUAGAAAUAAACCUGGAUGACACGGUG